UCAAUCGAGUUGAUCUGCUUCAUGAUAUUGACGGUCGUGAUUAAUUCUCGCUCCGACUUCCUGGCUAUUCCUUCUUCGUCGUCGCCAUUCCUUCUCGACCGCGGACGGAUUCCAGACGAAUUACUGGGCGGAGAUGUCUCGCUUCCUUUUUCGCUCGAGAUUUUUCUUCUACUCUGCUGCGCCCGUGCCCAAAUUAAGAGGUAGCGGGUUUUUAUCUGUCAAGAAAUUGGACACCUAUUUUUAUUUAUAUUCAUUUCCUGGCUUGAGGCAUUUGAGCAAUUUUCGGAGCUCUGGGAAGUUUGACUUGACAGACUUGACACAUCCUCAUACAUGGUACCCUGUUGCUCGUAGAAAGAAGCGGAAUAUUUUUUUGCAUGUUGGACCGACAAACAGUGGGAAAACAUAUACUGCCCUAGAGAGUUUAGAAAGAAGCUCCUCAGGUGUAUAUUGUGGACCUCUAAGAUUGUUGGCUUGGGAGAUAGCUCAAAGAUUAAACAAAGCAAAUGUUCCCUGUAACCUGAUAACUGGGCAAGAAAAGAAGGAGAUUGAGGGUGCUCGACACAGCUCUCUUACUGUUGAAAUGGCUGACAUCACUAGUGAUUACCAAUGUGCGGUUAUAGAUGAAAUUCAGAUGGUGGGAUGUAGGACAAGGGGAUUUUCAUUCACACGAGCACUAUUGGGAAUUUCUUCUGAUGAAGUCCAUCUCUGUGGAGAUCCAGCAACAGUUCCUCUUAUAAAAAGAAUACUUGAAGUGACUGGUGACGUGAUUAAGGUACAACAUUAUGAGAGAUUGUCUCCAUUAAUUCCUCUCAAAGUCCCUCUUGGAUCUUUCUCUAACAUCAGAAAAGGUGAUUGUGUCAUAACUUUUUCACGACGUGAGAUAUAUCGACUAAAGAAGAGAGUUGAGGCUGGAGGGAAACAUCUUUGCUCAGUAGUCUAUGGUUCAUUGCCACCAGAGACUAGAACAAAACAGGCUAAAAUGUUUAAUGAUGAGAGCAGUGAGUUUGAUGUUCUUGUAGCAAGUGAUGCAAUUGGGAUGGGCCUCAAUCUCAACAUAUCGAGAAUAAUAUUUUCAACGCUCGAAAAGUUUGAUGGUGUGCGCACUAGAGAUCUCACCGUGUCGGAAAUCAAGCAGAUUGCAGGAAGGGCCGGGAGGUAUGGAUCUAAAUUUUCCACCGGUGAAGUAACUUGUAUUGAUGCUAAAGAUCUACCUUUGCUCCAUUCCUCAUUGGAAUCUUCAUCUCCUCUAAUUGAGCGUGCUGGACUGUUCCCAACAUUUGAUCUUUUGUCUUUAUACUCACGAUUGCACACCAAUGUUGGAUUGCACGAUAUAUUGGAGCAAUUCUUGGAGAAGGCAAAAAUCUCUUCUGAUUACUUUAUUUCUGAUUGUGAAGAAAUGCUAAAAGUUGCAGCUGUUGUUGACAAGUUGCCCCUUGGAUUAUAUGAGAAAUAUUUAUUUUGUAUCAGUCCAGCUGACAUGAAUGAUGAAAUUGCAGCCCAGGGUUUAACACAGUUUGCUGUAAAUUAUGCAAAAAAGGGUGUUGUGCGUCUCAAGGAGAUAUUUACACCUGGAACACUGCAGGUGCCUAAAUCACAAACUGCAUUGAAGGAACUUGAAUCUGUUCACAAGGUGCUGGAACUGUAUGUUUGGUUGAGUUUUCGAAUUGAAGAUUCAUUUCCAGACCAGGAAUUGGCUUCCUCUCAGAAGGCUAUUUGUAGUUUGUUAAUUGAAGAAUUUCUGGAGAGACUUGGAUUUCAUAGGAUGCUAAGAGGGGGAUCACUUUCUCUGCAAAAGGAUACUCAAUCGUCCAUAUUGCGCAAGUAUUUUCCACGGCUAGAGGCAGAAUCUCAGUUGGAAUCAGCUAAAAAUUGAAAUUAUCUCAUUACCUCAUGUUGGCUCCUGUAGUUCUAACCACAGUCGAAAAUCAUUUUGCUUGGGCUUCAGCAAUGAUGAGCCCGAUCAAGUUCUAGAUGCAUUCAAAUCAUGUUGCUACAGAUCAAUUUUUACCUUCCAACUAUCAAAUUGACCCCUCUAUGCUGUGUAGCAAGGAAAUCAUCCAACAAAGUUCUGAAUGCAAUUAGGUUAUAGAAGGGUUACAAGAGAACAACCAGGCGCUAUACCAAGCUUUUAACUAAAAUGUGAUUUGCCAAUUGGAUAGGGACUUUCAAAAUCUCCAUUAUUGUGCAAUAGAAAUCAAUGUAGGAAAUGAUACCUCUUAUUCGUGAACAUCAUGCACAAAUUUAAUUUAUUUGGACAAAUAUGUUUGUAUCAGUUAAUCUCAUUGUGGCCAGCAUGUGCAUAAUUCAUUUCCUGAAAAAUGUUGAUGGUCAAUUUAAGGAGAAGCCUUUUUUUUUUC